UGCUAGAAAAUAAUAUUUCUUGUAGGUUUUUUAUUUUUCUCAAUGUUGUAAUACUUCGGCAUAUAGGAACUGACCGCACAUUGAAGUCACACAAUAUUUCAACAGUAUAUUCGCCAAAAUGGAUUGCAAUCUAGGCAGCGAAAUUGGUCAGAAGAUGCGCAGCGCCGUGAAGGCGAAAUUGCUCGAAUUGGGCACCGGUGGCUCUGCCGGCUUCAUUGACGACGAACUGCCAGACUACGUGAUGGUAAUGGUAGCGAACAAACGCACCAAACAGCAAAUGAAUGCUGAGCUAAAUCUAUUCCUCGGCGAUCAAACGGAUCUCUUUGUUACUUGGCUGCACGAAGUUCUUCAGAAGCUGCAGGAAGUAACAUUGCCAGCCCCGACUUCGAGCAGCAAAAAACGUAAGUCCCGUCAAGCAGAAGUGCCUAAAGCAAAGGAUAAAGAUAAGGACAAGGAGAAGGAUAAAAGAGCCAAGGAUAAACGAGAUAAAAGGGCACAUAGAAAAUCGGGCGAUGACCUGGCUCAAACAACGGCUGAUGUUUUGCCAAGAACUGACCACAUGGCACCAAUUAGUUCCAUAACGGAUGUUUUUGCUGAGGAACUCCUGGAAAAAGCCAAAAAGACGCUCGAUAUCGAUGGCACCCUGAAGGACGAGCUAUUGCUCAAAAAGAAAAAACGUAGAGCUGUCGAAGAUGAUGAGCAACCACAGCCUCAGUCACAGCCACAGACAAAAGAUCCACACCCGGCACCAAAAGACUUUGAUUUACCCACAAUGUCGGAGAUAAGCUCAACUACAACAAGCGGAAAUCGGGAGAAGGAUAUAGCCGAAUUGGCUGAAAUACAGCGAAAAAUUUACGCGGCAAAGCAGCAACUGCGUCAAAUUGGUGAACUGGACGAUGAAACUGACGAUGAGGAACCCCAGCCACCAGUCGAGUAUACACCAAGUUUAACCGAGCCGAAGAAAGCUGUUGUCAACAGCUCGGCUCCAGUUGCAGAAGUCAACUCAAACUCAGCCAACACGAGCACUCGCAGACCAAAGAGUCCCAUUGUGUUCAACAGGACGCCCGAGCCGGUGGUAGCUAGAGAAAAACCAAAAGCCCAAACUGAAGUAGAAGCACAGCAAAAGCCGAGUGACGAACACUUAGAGCGUCGCUCGGUGCACGAGCGGUUGGGAUGCAAACCCCAGGCGCCACAACCGCCACAACUCUCGGAUCGUCCACAGCGAGCACAAAAAGAGGUCAAACUUUACGUCCCGGCCCAUCGUCGACGCAGCGAGCAAGAGCCAGAAGAGAGUAAGAAAUUAGAUCGUAGCAGAGAGCGCAGGGAACGUAACGAGGGUCAGACAACUCAUCGGCGAGAUCGGGAGCGCGAAACCCUACACCGACGACGUUCACCCAGUCGAAGCCCAAAGAGCAACAACUAUAAGCAUCGAAUUGGGUCACGUGUUAUCGUGGCAGCUAAUAAACCGCCGGAGCCAUCCGAUGAUGAGGACUUGCUGGAGAAGCCCGUUAAUUCGGUUAUCAAGAUCAAGCCACGGCCACAUGUCUCACCACGUCGCCAGGCUUGUAAGAAUUUGCUUUUGCGAGCUGUUGCCGAUGCCCAACGAUCGACAAUUUUGGCCAAAACAUCGACAAGUUCUAGUGGGUCCAAGCAUCGAGGCAACGAGGAUGAGCCAGAGAUCAUCAGCUCAACACUGGGUAAGCGACGCUCAACUGAUUCAGCAGGCGACCGCCCUGGACGAGAGCUCUUCCGAAGCAGCAGGAGAGAGCUCGUUGUGAAUGUGCUGCACAGGGAUCGCAAGCGAAUGCGUCAUUCAGUCGAGCCUCUCUCGCAGGAAAAUCUGGGUGCAAAAGACGAGGUGGAAGAGGAGGAGUAUGUGCCUAGCCUAAGCGUUGGCGACUAUGAGGCUUAUGUGCCGCAGGUAGUGCACAACACAAAGGAAUCGGACAUCGAUAUUGACAUGCACGUAGACAAAGAUGUGGUCAGCGUUGGGUGCUCAUCCGCUGCUGUACCUAAAACUCAGUUUGUAGUGACGCUGAAUGGUGAUAAAUCUCUAGGAAACGCGGCCGCUGCAGCCUAUCGAAAGCGUCCACGCAAACGUACACCCUCGCCUCAGGUGUCCUCGACCAGUUCGGCAACACUGCAGCUAGCGAGCGUUGAGCCAACCUCAACCAUCUGCACUGCGACUUCCUCAACCAAUAGCAACAAUAGACAGAACAAAGCAAAGCGAGCUCGCAGCAACUCGCGGUCAUCACCUUCCACUUCGAGCAAUACGCCGCCACCAAAGCCAUCGCGGAGCCUGCGUCGGAGUGAGGUGCUGCGACAAACGCAGGAAAUCAAAAAGAUCAUCAUCAAGAACGACGCUGAUGAUGAUGACGACGACGAGCAGCUGCCUGCAUCACCGCGAAAACGUUCAUCCAGCAAGCGGCGAAGCAGCUCCUCCAACCAGGCCGCCUUCUCAUCGAAUGACCAUAAAUCGGAUUUGAAAGUGCAGCUGGAGGAAAACAAUCGAUCAACGACGCCACCACUACCUCCGAAGCUGUUGGAAAAACGAAACAUUGGCCGGGAGAAAUCAUCGAAUGCGACAAAUACGAAUUCGACCACUGUAGAAACGGUUUCUAAGGCAAAACAUACACCUAUUCGCUUCAAGAUUAAGCCAGAAGAGGAGCAGCAGCCGCAGAAAAAACGUCGUUCGGGCAGUAAAGAUCGUGAAUCCUCCAUGGAGCGACGUCGAAUCUCAAUACGAAAUGCAGAAGAUCGAAAAUACGACAAUUUACCGACACUAAGUGCUGUCAGCGUGGACUCAACCGUGUUAAAGGUGGCCAAGCCAAAGGAGCGCUGCAAGUAUCAUCCCAAUUGCAACAAGCAAUUCUGCGAGUAUUAUCACCCGUCGGCGCCUUGCAAGUCCUUCCCGAACUGCAAAUUCGCAGACAAGUGCAUGUACUCUCAUCCCAAAUGUAAGUUCGACCUGGCCUGUAUGAGCGUCGACUGCAACUUUGCUCACAGCGGACCGCGUGAUCUCAGCCACGUGCAGCUAACUGUACCGCCUCUCUCGUCGCAUGUGAUUCCUGUGCAAAACUACAAAUCAAUAUCCGCACCGGUGACAGCGACUACAGCAACGACCAUGUGCAAGUACUAUCCUAACUGCACAAAAGCCGGCUGCACCUUCUAUCAUCCGAAGCCGUGUCGUUACGGCAAGAAUUGCAUCAAUAAGCUCGAAUGCAUAUUCUAUCAUCCGGAAAUGCAAAGCAAAUUUAAAUGGGUCGCUUCGCUUGGCUGAGGACAACAGUUCGGGCGGAUGGAGCAGGUCCUUAUUAUUAGCAUUUAACGUUAGGAACCGGAUCAUAUUAUCAUUAGCCACAGCCCAUGUUUUUAUGUAAACACUUGCAUUAUUAGGCACUACUCGACUGCAAUUUCGAUCGAGCCGAAUCGGCUAAGAAGAACGGCUCGCACACGUCCCACUAUUUAGCAUUUAU